UUUUUAUCCAUUUGUCAAAGUUUAAUAUGCUUGGAUUAUUUAUCUCCGUUGAAGAUAGUUAGACAGAGAGGGGAAAGUAGUUGAAAGAAAGGGAGAAGACGGAAGAGAGAAAGCUAGCAAUUAGAGAUGAUGGACGGUAAUUAAUUAUCAAAUCUAAAAAGUUGGGUUGGUAUCCAACCUUGGGUGAGAAAUAGUUAUUUGGCCAAUAAAAAAAGCAAAAUAUAAAACAGGAUUAGGGUUUCAGUUUAACUGUAAAGCGCAAAGCUUGCUACUCUUUCUUUCAGUGGAGCCCCGGCCUAACCAAAUCUAAACUCUAAUAGGAGAUCUGGUGUGUUGGGCUGCAUCCGAGUUUGAGAAGAUGACGACAGUUCCAGGGUCAUUGAUAUGGGAAAUAGUGAAAAAUAACAACUGUUUUUUGGUCAAAGAGUUUGGAAGAGGAACUGCCAGUGUUCAGUUCAGUAAAGAGGCCAAUAAUCUUUACAAUGUUAACUCUUUCAAGCACUCUGGGUUGGCAAACAAGAAAACAGUGACAAUUCAACCUGGGAAAGACCAAUCUGUGGUGCUUGCAACAACAAAGACCAAGAAGCAGAAUAAACCUGCUGCUUUGCUUCAAAAAUCUAUCCUGAAAAAAGAAUUCCGCAGGAUGGCAAAGGCUGUAGUAAACCAGGUUUCAGAUAACUACUACAGACGGGAUCUGAAGAAUGCAGCCCUUGCAAGGUUGAGCGUUGUGCAUAGGAGCCUGAAGGUUGCAAAAUCUGGUGUCAAGAAGAGAAAUAGACAAGCUGUUAAGAUCUGCAGUCGGAAGUGAAAAUGCUAGGUGCUUGAUUUACUUUGUUCAGGGCACUCAAAAUUGUUCUUUUUUUUUUUUUUCUUGGAUGCUUUUAUAUCCUAAGAGUUAAAAAAAUCAUGAGUUUUUUGGAUGCUUAUUUUCAUUUUUAUUGCAAGAUCACUUGCACACUUUUUGCAAUGCAUAUUAUCAAACAAAACAAUAGUGCACUUGAAAAGUAUGCAAAAAAACUUUCUGUAGUCA